AUGCAGCUUGCAGUAUUGGCUGGAGAUUUCUUGCUUUCUAGAGCUUGUAUCACACUUGCCUCUUUAAAAAACACAGAGGUUGUAUCACUAAUAGCAACUGCAGUGGAGCAUCUUGUUACUGGGGAGACGAUGCAAAUGAGCACAUCAGCAGAGCAGCGUAGUAGUAUGGAUUAUUAUUUGCAGAAGACAUACUACAAGACUGCAUCGCUGAUAUCAAACAGCUGCAAAUCCAUUGCCCUUCUUACUGGGCAAACUGCAGAGGUGUCUAUGUUGGCAUACGAGUACGGGAAAAAUCUGAAAAUUGAAGCCUUAACUUCCCAAGUUAUGGAUUUACAAGAAGAAAAUCACCACCGAAAGAUGGUGAAGGAGCAACUUCAGUCACAAAUUAAUGAUAUGGCUGCUAUGUUUAACGAACUCCCUCAAUCACAAUUCCCACCACCACCUAAUUGA